AUGAAGAGCUUCUCAUUUUCUCUUAUUGCUAUGAUAUUCUUGACUUGUAUUCAGAAGACGUCAACCUAUACAUUCCCUAAUACUCACAUCGAUUGGUGUCUCUAUUUUCAACGGCUACAAAUCUAUAAGCCAGAAUGUAAAUUCUAUGAUGACGUGGAUCUACACGUGGAACGAGAAAUUCGAGCCAAACCUAUCUCUCAACCACGUCAAUAUUCUCUUAUUCAAAUGCAAAUGCAACAAUGCUCCGCUCAUUAUAUGUACUGUACCGCUAACUACCAGUGCGGUGACGGCCAAUUACGAUGCAUCGAUAUGAUUCGUUACCGUGAAUGUUGUGCACCGACACGUCGUGAAUGCCCGCCAGUCACCCAUCUAAACUUCCGAUGUAUUGUCUCUGAACCGGUCAGUUGGUGUGAUGAAGACUCGGAUUGUCACACGACACCUCAACAAAGAUGUUGUCCGACAGGUUGUAAUUAUAACAUUUGUAUUUAA